AUGCCAAAGCUUGUGAUGAAGUUGAUUUUCAUGCUUGUUCCAUCUCAGUCGCCAUUUUUUGUGCGCCCAAUUCUCAACAUGAUCGGUAGCCAAGUAAAUGGCCGUCUGGUUGAUCCUGACUUGAAGGCCAUGAUCAAGCUUACCUCAGAUACUUUGACCAAGGAAAGCGGCGAUGGCCGCGCUUGGUUCGCGGGCGGUGACAAGGAUGGCAACCCUACAGCGGCUGAUUAUCAGAUGCUGUUCCCUAUUGAGGCCAUCACGAGUGGUCGAAUGGACCCCGCCAUGGUUCCAGAGCCGUUGAAAAACUGGAUCGACAUGGUGCACAAGCGUCCUGCCUACAUACGUGCCUAUGAGAAGGGCGGUGCUUAUGAUUAUGCAAAGCUCUGA